AUGGACAAAUUUUCACCUCUUGUACAAAGUAUACAUGAAACCGCCACAGAAAGCAUGUCAGAUGACAGGAAGGAAACCUCGGAUAAGGCUGAGGAAUCUGAAGGGAAGGCGAAAGGAAAAUCCUUAGAGGAGCAUGUGAAGCAUAAAGAGAAGAAGGCGAAAGGAAAAUCCUUAGAGGAGCAUGUGAAGCCUAAAGAGAAGAAGGCGAAAGAUAAAUCUUUAGAGGAGCAUGUGAAGCCUAAAGAGAAGAAGGCGAAAGGAAAAUCCUUAGAGGAGCUUGUGAAGCCUAAAGAGAAGAGGGCGAAAGAUAAAUCUUUAGAGGAGCAUGUGAAGCAUAAAGAGAAGAAGGCGAAAGGAAAAUCCUUAGAGGAGCAUGUGAAGCCUAAAGAGAAGAAGGCGAAAGAUAAAUCCUUAGAGGAGCAUGUGAAGCCUAAAGAGAAGAAAGCGAAAGAUAAAUCUUUAGAGGAGCAUGUGAAGCCUAAAGAGAAGAAGGCGAAAGGAAAAUCUUUAGAGGAGCAAGCGAAGCCUAAAGAGAAGAAGGCGAAAGGAAAAUCUUUAGAGGAGCAAGCGAAGCCUAAAGAGAAGAAGGCGAAAGAUAAAUCCUUAGAGGAGCAUGUGAAGCCUAAAGAGAAGAAAGCGAAAGAUAAAUCUUUAGAGGAGCAUGUGAAGCCUAGCAAGAAGAAAGCGAAAGGGAAAUCUUCAGAGGAGCAAGCGAAGCCUAAAGAGAAGAAGGCGAAAGAUAAAUCUUUAGAGGAGCAUGUGAAGCCUAAAGAGAAGAAGGCGAAAGAUAAAUCCUUAGAGGAGCAAGCGAAGCCUAAAGAGAAGAAGGCGAAAGAUAAAUCUUUAGAGGAGCAAGCGAAGCCUAAAGAAAAGAAGGCGAAAGGAAAAUCCUUAGAGGAGCAUGUGAAGCCUAAAGAGAAGAAGGCGAAAGGAAAAUCCUUAGAGGAGCAUGUGAAGCCUAAAGAGAAGAAGGCGAAAGAUAAAUCUUUAGAGGAGCAAGCGAAGCCUAAAGAGAAGAAGGCGAAAGGAAAAUCCUUAGAGGAGCAUGUGAAGCCUAAAGAGAAGAAAGCGAAAGAUAAAUCUUUAGAGGAGCACGUGAAGCCUAGCAAGAAGAAAGCGAAAGGAAAAUCUUCAGAGGAGCAAGCGAAGCCUAAAGAGAAGAAGGCGAAAGGAAAAUCCUUAGAGGAGCAUGUGAAGCCUAAAGAGAAGAAGGCGAAAGGAAAAUCCUUAGAGGAGCAUGUGAAGCCUAAAGAGAAGAAGGCGAAAGGAAAAUCCUUAGAGGAGCAUGUGAAGCCUAAAGAGAAGAAGGAGAAAGAGAAAUCUUUAGAGGAGCAAGCGAAGCCUAAAGAGAAGAAGGAGAAAGGGAAAUCUUUAGAGGAGCAAGCGAAGCCUAAAGAAAAGAAGGCGAAAGGAAAAUCCUUAGAGGAGCAUGUGAAGCCUAAAGAGAAGAAGGCGAAAGGAAAAUCCUUAGAGGAGCAUGUGAAGCCUAAAGAGAAGAAGGCGAAAGGAAAAUCCUUAGAGGAGCAUGUGAAGCCUAAAGAGAAGAAGGCGAAAGGAAAAUCCUUAGAGGAGCAUGUGAAGCCUAAAGAGAAGAAGGAGAAAGAGAAAUCUUUAGAGGAGCAAGCGAAGCCUAAAGAGAAGAAGGAGAAAGGAACUGCACAAAUAAAAGUGAAGCCUCCAAGAAAUAAUGCCUUUUCCAGAUAUAUGUGGUAUGAUGGAAUGUUACCUGCAGAAUAUUGA